UUUUCUUUUUUCUAUUCAUUUUCACGAGCGACCAUCGAAACGCUCGAGAAGGAGCUCCAUCUCCACCUCAGAGAUCAAGAAUGGACAUGGGAGGCAACUGGAGGCCUCCUUUGGGAUUUCCACAGAACAAUGUACCCAAUCGUGGCAACCAAAGUUCUCUGCACUUCAUUCAAGACCGUCUUCGUUGGUUUUUCUGUACUGGACGUGGUGGAUUUUGUAGAACAUGGGGCAGCUUUUAUUGCAGCACUUGCGGCCAACCUGGGCACUCUGCCGAGAAAUGUCCAAGAAGUCAGAUUUGUUACAGAUGUGGGCAACCGGAUCACUCUAUGGAAGCAUGCGACUACCAACCCAGGUGCUUCAAAUGCAAGACACGUGGGCAUUACUUCUAUAUCUGCAGAAAUGACUUUAGGUGCGAUGCAUGUGGUCCAGACCAAUUCAGCAGGAUAUUUCACCUAUGCAAUCACUGCAUGAACUCUCAGCACUUCACCAAAGACUGUCCCAAUAUGCUUGUUUGUCCCAUUUGUGAUAGGCGGGACAGUUACCAUUGCCAUAGCUGCUAUAGAAAUGGCCAUUCCGCCAUGCUAUGUCCAAGAACAAAUACUUGUAGCAAAUGUUGCCGACCGGGACACACGUCUGCAGAAUGCACCUCACGAACCCUUUGCUACAAUUGCAAGAAUCUCGGACAUUCUGCAUAUACCUGUAGGCAUUCAUUUAUGUGCUAUGAAUGCAAAGCCAGGGGUCAUAGGUUUCCCUGGUAAUUACAAAGGUAGUAUUUUUUCACCAGCUAGGCCAUACUGUCAUACUGAUACUGUCAUUGACAACCGCACUAAAUAGCAUAGAGCAGGUCUAGUCACCUUGCCAGAAAUUUCAGCCAUGAACCAGUGCAGUGUACCCUUCUGCCGUAGUAUCUCUUUGUCCAAGUAGCAUGCUACUUAAUAAUCAUUGAGGCUUAUCUCCUGAUAUUGCCAGAUCAUACUAUAAUACAGUGUUCAUGAAUUCUACACAAUGUUUAUCUUCUAUGAGUUAGUCCACCAAUUUCAGAAUUUGCCAGAUUGCUUUUACCAUCACUUCUUUAUG